GACGCCUUAUACUGUCGUUCCCUGAACGAGGAUUUCCAUCCUGACGUCACACCAAUCAUACUAGCAGCCCAUCACAAUAACUACGAUAUCAUUAAACUUUUGUUGGACUGUGGCGCUGAAAUUCAGGACCCCGAGACCUACGAAUUCCAGUCGGAAGCAUACACCCUGGAACACUCUCUAGGAACUGUGAACGUCUAUAGAGCUUUAGCCAGCGAGGCAUACAUCUCCUUGACGUGCAGCGAUCCAAUAAGCUCGGCAUUCGAGCUGAGCUUCAAACUGAGAGAGUUGAGCGAACGAGAUUAUGAGUUCCGUUUUCAGUACUCUGACUUGGCUCACCAAUGCGAGCAGUUUGGUGCCGGUUUGAUCGGCCAGAUUCGAGAUUCGCAAGAACAGAAUACGUUGUUAUGCACGGACCCCGGUGAGAUAUUGGCCAAUAAUGCUAUUGACGUACACAUGCCGUAUAAGGUGAAGAAAGCCAUUCGAUAUGGUCAGAAAUUG